UGCUCAGAACUUGCCCGUUUUUUAACCCUCCGUUUCCCCGAAACAACUGGACGAUGUCCACCCCGAGCCGAUUCAAAAAGGACAAAGAGAUCAUAGCCGAGUAUGAAAGUCAAGUCAAAGAAAUUCGAGCCCAGCUGAUAGAGCAGCAGAAAUGUCUGGAACAACAGACCGAGAUGCGGGUACAGCUCCUGCAGGACCUGCAAGAUUUCUUCCGCAAAAAAGCUGAAAUCGAGACUGAGUACUCCCGCAACCUGGAGAAACUGGCAGAGAGAUUCAUGGCCAAAACGAGAAGCACAAAAGAUCACCAGCAGUAUAAGAAAGACCAGAACCUUUUGUCUCCAGUGAACUGCUGGUAUUUACUCCUAAACCAAGUAAGAAGAGAAAGCAAGGACCAUGCCACAUUAAGUGACAUCUAUCUGAACAACGUCAUCAUGCGGUUCAUGCAGAUAAGCGAGGAUUCUACCAGAAUGUUUAAAAAGAGCAAAGAGAUUGCAUUCCAGCUUCAUGAGGAUUUAAUGAAAGUUCUUAAUGAGCUCUAUACGGUCAUGAAAACAUACCACAUGUAUCAUGCAGAAAGUAUCAGUGCAGAGAGCAAAUUAAAAGAAGCAGAAAAACAGGAAGAAAAACAAAUUGGACGGUCCGGGGACCCAGUCUUUCACAUCCGACUGGAAGAGAGACAUCAGAGGAGGAGUUCUGUGAAAAAGAUUGAGAAAAUGAAAGAGAAGCGACAAGCAAAGUAUUCUGAGAAUAAAUUAAAAUCCAUCAAAGCACGAAAUGAAUAUCUCCUAACCUUAGAAGCAACAAAUGCCUCAGUGUUCAAGUAUUACAUCCAUGACCUUUCGGAUUUAAUUGAUUGCUGUGAUCUGGGAUACCAUGCCAGUCUGAACAGAGCCCUCAGAACAUAUCUCUCUGCAGAGUAUAACCUUGAAACCUCCAGACACGAAGGCUUGGACAUUAUUGAGAACGCAGUGGAUAAUUUAGAGCCCCGGAGUGAUAAGCAGAGAUUCAUGGAGAUGUACCCUACCGCCUUUUGCCCACCAAUGAAAUUUGAGUUUCAGUCUCACAUGGGUGAUGAGGUGUGUCAGGUCAGUGCCCAGCAGCCAGUGCAAGCAGAGCUCAUGCUCAGGUACCAGCAGCUGCAGUCACGAUUGGCCACACUCAAGAUCGAGAAUGAGGAGGUGAAGAAAACAACCGAAGCCACCUUACAGACAAUACAAGACAUGGUCACCAUCGAGGAUUAUGACGUGUCCGAAUGCUUCCAGCACAGUCGAUCCACAGAAUCCGUGAAGUCCACCGUCUCAGAAACAUACUUGAGUAAACCCAGCAUUGCUAAAAGAAGAGCCAACCAGCAGGAAACUGAGCAGUUCUACUUCAUGAAAUUCAGAGAAUACCUGGAAGGCAGUAAUCUCAUUACAAAGCUUCAAGCCAAACAUGACUUGCUGCAAAGGACACUGGGAGAAGGUCACAGAGCUGAAUAUAUGACCACAAGGCCUCCAAAUGUUCCCCCUAAGCCCCAGAAACACAGGAAGCCCAGACCCCGAUCACAGUAUAAUGCUAAGUUGUUUAAUGGGGAUUUGGAAACAUUCGUCAAGGAUUCAGGGCAAGUCAUCCCCCUCAUUGUGGAAAGCUGCAUUAGGUUUAUCAAUCUGUACGGUCUUCAGCAUCAGGGGAUUUUCCGAGUGUCUGGCUCCCAGGUGGAAGUCAAUGACAUUAAAAAUUCAUUUGAGAGAGGUGAAAAUCCCUUGGCUGAUGACCAAAGUAACCAUGACAUUAACUCAGUUGCUGGAGUUCUGAAACUUUUUUUCCGCGGGCUGGAAAACCCCCUCUUUCCUAAGGAAAGAUUUAAUGAUCUUAUUUCAUGUGUCAGAAUAGAUAAUCUCUAUGAGAGGGCUCUUCACAUCCGUAAACUCCUCCUCACUUUGCCCAGAUCGGUCCUUAUCGUGAUGAGGUAUCUUUUUGCUUUCCUCAACCACCUCUCACAGUACAGUGAUGAGAACAUGAUGGACCCCUAUAACCUAGCCAUUUGUUUUGGGCCAACACUAAUGCCUGUUCCAGAAAUACAGGACCAGGUGUCUUGCCAGGCUCACGUGAAUGAGAUUGUCAAAACUAUCAUCAUCCAUCAUGAGACCAUUUUCCCAGAUGCUAAAGAGCUAGAUGGCCCAGUUUAUGAGAAGUGCAUGGCUGGGGAUGACUACUGUGACAGCCCAUAUAGCGAGCAUGGCACUUUGGAAGAAGUCGAUCAGGAUGCUGGUACAGAGCCUCACACCAGUGAAGACGAAUGUGAACCCAUUGAAGCGAUAGCCAAGUUUGACUAUGUUGGGAGGUCUGCCCGAGAGCUGUCCUUCAAGAAGGGAGCCUCACUGCUCUUGUAUCACCGAGCAUCUGAGGACUGGUGGGAAGGAAGACACAAUGGAAUUGAUGGCCUCGUACCUCAUCAAUACAUCGUGGUACAGGAUAUGGAUGAUACCUUUUCUGAUACACUGAGCCAAAAAGCAGACAGUGAAGCCAGCAGUGGACCUGUUACAGAAGAUAAGUCUUCAUCCAAGGACAUGAACUCCCCAACUGACCGUCAUCCCGAUGUGUAUUUAGCCAGACAAAGAAAAAGGGCUGAACCACCCCUUCCUUCAAGACGUCCUGGCAGGACCAGUGACGGCCACUGCCCUAUCCACCCACCGCAUUCACUUUCCAACUCCUCAGUUGACCUUGGCUCCCCUAACCUGUCCAGCCACUGCAGCCCCCGAGCCUUGCUGCAGAACCGCAGCCUCAAUAAUGACAGCCCGGAGAGAAGGCGCCGCCCUGGCCACGGCAGCCUGACAAACAUCAGUAGGCACGACUCUCUAAAGAAGAUCGACAGCCCUCCCAUUCGGAGAUCGACGUCUUCGGGCCAGUACACAGGCUUCAAUGACCAUAAACCAUUGGACCCAGAGACAAUUGCUCAGGAUAUCGAGGAGACGAUGAACACUGCCUUGAACGAACUCCGGGAGCUGGAAAGGCAGAGUUCGGCCAAGCACGCCCCGGACGUGGUGCUGGAUACAUUGGAACAAAUGAAAAACUCGCCCACGCCCGCCUCAUCCACGGAAUCCCUCAGCCCUCUCCACAACGUGGUGCUCCGGAGCACCGAGCCUCAGAUCCGGCGUAGCACGAGCUCUUCCAGUGACACAAUGAGUACUUUCAAACCCAUGGUGGCACCCAGGAUGGGCGUGCAGCUGAAGCCCCCAGCUCUUAGGCCAAAACCCAUCGUUCUUCCAAAAACAAAUCCGACUAUAGGACCCGCACCUCCUUCCCAAGGUCCAGCAGACAAAUCAUGCACGAUGUAAAAUAAAAACAAACAAACAAACAAACCACAGAUGAUCCAGAAGGUAGAAAAAAAAAAAAAGUGGUUGAAGAAAGGAACAAAAUUGUGGGGGGAAUAAGUCAAGGCUUCUUGUCUUCAUGAGUUUUGUGCUUGUAACUGGAGAUACUCUGGCUUUUCUGUCUUUUUGAAUGUAACAUCUGAGACUUGCUACAUUAACACAGGCAUUUGUAUUUUGUAUUUUUUUUUCUUUUUAAAAAAGCUGGACAUUUCUACCUGUUUUAAAGACAAUAGAAACACCAUAGAUUUACUUGAAAAUUCAAUGCUGCACCACUUGUAAAAAAAAAGAGAUUGGAGCACCGUAUGGUACAGUAUGUCACAGAUUUAGCCUCGCUGAUGUUAGGAGGAGAUUUCCUGAGCUAAGGGAUGGGAAAUGAAGGACCAGAGUUUGUGGGGAUCUUAGCCCCCACCGGCGUACUGU